AUGGAAGAUGAAUUAUCAGCUAGUCAAUCAUUAAAUUCUGGAGCAGAAUUUAUGUUUAUACAAAGGGGAUUGGAUCUAAUUACCGGUGCUAAAUCCAUUGUAACUAACGGAACUCGACAGCCUAUAAAUAUUCCUAUUCACUGGCAAUGUCCUGAAGGUAUUCUUCAACGUACAUUUGAGAGAAUAAAAACACGCAUCAAUGGCUCUCAGAUUUUUUUUCGCGAUUUAAUUAAUGCUUAUGCAGAUCUAUACAAUAUUGAUCUUUAUUUGAUUGUCUACGAAGAUAAUAAAUGGAUUAUUAUUGGCAAAGAACGAUUGGAAUCUAAUAAACGUGACAAUCAUGAACAUUAUGCUUUUCUUUGGUGUCAUGAGGGCAAUACGGAAUGGUCUCCAGUAUGUAUACAAGACACCAGCGGACGCAUAAUGACUACGUUUAAGACAAACGAAGUCGACGCUAGGCAUUUUAUUGAAUUCUGCCUUAAUAAAAUAAAUCAAAAUCUAAACAAUACUGGUGAACAGCCAGUAGAAGAGGAUUCACACAUGUCCGAAGAUGCUAGUCAUAUGAUGGUUGAUACUACAUUCUCAUCAAUAAAUGAUAGAACUUCACGUGUUCGGCAGCCUGUAACAACAGUGAAUACUCGUGUUUCUAUCAAACAAAUGCAAAAAGAAAUAGAUCAAUUAAUACCACUCAUUAUAUCAAGGUCCGGUACAGUUGGUUUUGAAAAUCCAAUAUCAGAUUUCAACAGCGCCAAUCUUAAUCAAAUAUCACCUCGAAUGGCUGCUACAUUGAUAAAGCAACGACUUUUAUAUCUGUCGAACGCUGUUCAAAAAGCACUUGAACUUACUUCACAAGAUAGUGAUACUGGUAUUUCUUCAAUGAUAGUUGGCGAAGAGAAUAAUCAGCAACUCCAAACGAACGAAACAAAUCAUUCUGUGCAAACUGAUCAAGGCUUUAGUUAUGUUUCUGCAUCGGAAACAAUUGAUGCGUUAAACAGUAAUCAAGCUUCACAAUGUACUUCUGUAUCUACAUCAUUAGAAUUCCAAUACGAAGCACCAUCGAUUCUUGUACAACCAAAGGGAGAAUGGCACAAUCGAAAUAUGAAAGAACUAGCAAAUAAAGGAGUUUCUCGUCUCGCCGCUGAUGGUCCUCAACGUACGUUUCCACAAGUGCAAGUUCCUCCGGAAGAAAACCAACGUAUGUAUAUUGGAAUCCAAAUACAAACUUAUAACAAUGAGAAACAUCCUUCAAAAGUACUUGUUCCAGAAAAUACAGGUGUCAAUAUGGAUGAUUUUUGCAAUGAUAAUAAUCUUAGUAGAUUGCUGUUUGAUAAGUGCAAGAAACAAAAUAAUUAUUGUGAACCAGGAAAUGGGUGUGUUUAUCUUGGAAUUAGCCCAGAAGAACAUGGAGCUCAACGAAAACAGUAA